AAUCAGUCCUAGUGCAACUGCCUUUUCGAUUCGGCUCGCUUUUACAUAUAAAUAUGUUCGCUUAAUGAAUUCAAUCUUUAAAACCAAAAAAUAAAAUAAAAUAAAAUAAACGUCAGUGAAUUCUUUUUUUUCCCCUACAAUCAUUUCUGAUGAAUAUAAAAAUCAUGUUUCUUCAAUAAUUUUUUGUGUUUUAAUUUUAUGCAAAAAAAAAAAAAAAUACUAAAAGUGUGAAUAAAAAAACAUGUUACAACUUUUUACAGAAAAUCACUUUCAAUUUUUUGCAUCAAUUGGAGAAUAGGGAAUACGAAUAAGUGAAAACACACAUUUUGGAUAAGUGUUGGAGGCGUAAAUAAAGAAUUUAAGAAAAAAAAUUUUUAAACGUAAUUUCUGCGUUUCAGUGAUAAUUGCGUGUGUAAAAGAAAGAGAGAGAGAGAGAAGCCAGAAAUGGUGUUCUGGUAAUUUCAAUGCGCGGAUAAGAAGCGACAUCAUUUAGAAUUCAGUGCUGAUAAAUUUUUGUUUUCAUUUUCUUUUAUUUCAACAGUGUUUUUGAUUCAGUGAAGAAUAUAUAUAAAGUGAUUUAAAAUUCAGUGUUUGUGCUGUCGUGUGUAAAAUUUUAACGCACAAAUGUUGUUUUCACUCUUUAUUUGUGGAUUACAUUACAAGGAGUAUUUUUCUUGCAGUCGAAUAUAAGACCGAUGCUUGACCGGAAUGGCAGAAAAGGUGCGCGAGGCGUCUGUUCGUGGUGAUGCCACGCGUCUCGCUCGCCUUCUCAAUGAUGGCGUCAAACCCCUUCCGGAUGAGCACGGUCGCAGUCCACUCUUAUUGGCCGCUGCAGCUGGUCAAGUGGAGUCCUGCGAUACACUUAUUCUUCAUGGCGUGGACAUUAAUCAAGCUGACAAUUCUGGUAUAACUGCACUGCAAAGAGCGGCAGCAGAAGGACAUCAGGAAGUGGUUGAACUUUUAAUUAAACACUCGGCAGACAUUGGUCAUCAAGAUACUGUGCAUGGGAACUCAGCGUUACAUGAAGUUUCAUGGCGAGGCUAUAGUCGAACUGUUGCUGUAUUGGCGAAGGCCCUUGGGACACAGCGUGCACCAUUGCACGCGAGAAAUCUCGCUGGAUUUGCGCCACUUCACUUGGCCUGCCAAAACGGACACAACCAAAGCUGUCGGGAACUUCUCUUAGCUGGAUGUAACCCCGACCUUCAGAAUAAUUAUGGAGACACACCACUUCAUACAUCUGCACGUUAUGGUCACGCGGGCGUCACACGAAUACUAAUUUCCGCUCUCUGUCGUGUUUCAGAACAAAAUAAAAAUGGAGACACUGCACUACACAUUGCAGCGGCAAUGGGUCGAAGGAAAUUGACCCGAAUUCUUUUAGAAGCCGGUUGCGAUAGAUCCCUACGUAAUAAGCAAAGCGAAACAGCCAAGGAUAUAGCGAAAAGAAAAAAUCUUUCGGAAAUAUUGGAAAUAAUCAAUAAAGCACGUAGCAAAAGUCGUGCACGUAGUAAGAGUCGCGAGGGCGAACAACAACAACAACAGUCUAUUGACAAAGUAGAUGGGAAAGCAAAUGGUAAAGGUGAAAAGAAACGGGAAAAAAAUGGAAGUGGAACAAGUGGAAGUAGGGAUAGUGGUUCAAAAAAGGAGAAAAAGAAACUGAAAGGUGGAAAACAACAUAAGGUACAUUUUGAAAAAACAAUGAUGGGUCGUGAAUGGUCACCGUACGGUUGUCAUUAUUAUCCCGAUCCAGAAGCAUUUCCCCAACCACGUCUUGAUUCUUUACCAUCGGAUCCACUUGGUCGUGGCGAACAAUAUUAUCUUGAUCUCGCGGGUAACAUCAGAAAAGGACCAGUGGGCGUUGGUUACACCUGCUAUUGUGCACCAUUCUUUCGACACAUGGAGGCUAAACUUGAAAGGGAUAAAGCUGAAUUAAAGGCUCACAUCGAUCAAGCACAUGAGCGACUUGAUCUCAAGGUCGCCAAUUUGGAAAAACGAACACGUGGACAGAUAUCAGAAUUAACAAGAUGUGUGGCUGUCGAACGUUCAAGGUGUGAUGAGAGGCAUACACACAUUCAACAAAGAUUGUUGCGAGGCGGUAAAGGUAGACAUAGCGAGAGACCAAUAAGGCAAAAUUCAAUGGAUGAACAAAAUCCACCAGCACGUGCAAGAUCGUUGGAAGAUCUAUUGGAUGAAAGGCCGCACGAUCGUAGUUUUGAAAUUCCAGGCGAUAUUCAUCGUGGUAGUCUUGAUGAUUUGGAUAUACCGGCAAUACCAAGGCUCAGCAAAUCAAUGAAGGAUCUACCGUCAUUAACAGGAUCAUCGAGACCAAUUUUAAGAGUAUUAGAUAUUCCCGCCAGGCUUAAUGAAACUUUUGAUGGGGUAAUUAGAAGGGGUGAUCGUUCAUCACCAUUGGGAGUUGCUUCUUCACCUUCAGUUAGUUUGCGACAGCAGGUAUUGCAACAUCAGAUAUCCAUGUCCAAUGAACUUGUAUCGAGUCAUGAGUUAGAUGAAAAUUUUGAAAAUUGGAAAACUUCACCUAAACGACGUAGUGUACACGAGAUGAUUAAAAGAUUUCAACAAGUUUCUGGAAUGCACAAUGGUAGAAGUAAACGGGAUUUAACAGGAAGUAGCGAGCCAACAAGUCCAAAUCGUAGUCCAUGUUCACCAAGUCAAAGAAUACAAUCACAAAAUGGAAUGACCAAUGGUUGGCAUCGUGAAAAUGGUAACGAUAGUGAGAGCAGUGAAGCCGAUGAUGACGAGGAACAACCGGGACCAAUGAACGGAGUUAAAGGAAUAAUGUCCGAGAAUGUACCCUACGACACGAUAGCCCAGAUGCCAUACAGAUCGCGCAAUGCCGUAUACAGUCCAACUCCUCCGUUGCACGACGCGCAUAAUGAUUCUGGCUACAGUACACGGAUGUAUGGAUCCAGUAAAGGAGCAUCUCCUUCUUUGUCAGGUCAAUUAGAAUGCGAUGUUAUCCUGCCACAAGGAUCAUUUCCUAGUGGAGAACAACUUGCUGCCUUGCUCGAACAACCACGAGGUCACGACCUGACGGUUUAUGAACGAGGAGUUGACAACGUUGUUAUUAACAUAGGCACCGCGAGCUUAGUCUAAAUAUAUUUUUCUAUGUGUCCCUCCGAUGUUUCCAAAGACAACAUAAUAAUUGUAUAGCAGUUUCUUUUUUAAACAAUUAAUAAUGUAAAAAAAUAAUCAAAAUAAACUUUUGUAUAUUUUCAUGCAAAAAAAAAAAUUAAA